UGUCCGUGGCAGCUGUUAUGAAUGAGAAGAGAUGAAGUGGAUGAAUCAAGUGGACAGUGGCGCAGUGGAGCCGUAUAAGAAGUGUGACUACCAGUUGAGUCGGUCAGUCAGUCAGUUGAAGUUUGUGCGUGGCGUCGCGUCGAGUCAUGCGUUGGUUGUGCGUGUUGUGCGCGUUAGCUUGUCUGGCGUCGGACUCAGAGGGGGGCAGGAGGCGUCGCUUCAUCAGCCACAAGCAGAACUUGAAUCAGUCGGCUGAAUUUCGCUGUCACCGUCCCGACAGGAGAGCUAUUUCUGUGCGAGACAUACAUCAGAUACCCAAACUCAAUCGGAUCGUCAUCCCUCCCUAUGUUGUGCUUAUGAGAUGCGAUUCGCAGUCGGGCUGCUGCCCGGGGCCGGCGUGUUGUGCGCCGAAGCACAAGCGCUGGCUGACGGUGGAGUUUGAGUACGAGCAACGCAAGCCAGGCCAGCGCCAGCGCGGCGAGCACGGUUGGCAAAAUGUCACCCUUGAGGAGCACACUGAGUGCAACUGCAUCCCUUGCCAAUACCUCAGGCCUCCCAUCACCUGAUCAAAGCUGAGCAGAACUACCGCCAAAAAUUACGUCAUCAAUUCUCAAACUGAACUUGGGACUAUUAUAUUAUCUUCCACGAGCUUUGAAAAAUAAAAUUGAACAGAACUUGAUACCGUACUCCAGGUUGUGAUACAAUAAAAUUUUCUUGUUCAGCUCAAGUUCUAAAAAUAGGCUACUAUUGACUCUUCUGGAUGAAAAGUACUCGAUCUGAUCAUUUUUUAGUAUCUGAAGUUCAUUAAUUUUCAGUAAAUAAUUUCAAUUCAUUUAUAAAAAUACGGAAUACUGUUAUUUCUGUUAUUGGUUUGUAUUGUAAAUAAAUUUCAAAGUUUCCAUUGUU